AUGCUAGUGUCCCGUCCAACUCAAGACGAAGCUCAUGAUGAGAUCGAUGAUUGGCUGGAGUCUGGGCUACAGUCGUAUACAGAAGAGGGUCAGCGCAUGCGUGAUGCGGCGAAUGGCGUUCAUCUAUCAAAGCGUUCCACCGCGGCGACGGCCACGGCGGACGUUGUUGGCAGACUUGAAGAGCCCGAACAAGCUUCACCACCUCCUGCUUACCCUGAAGAGACUGCCCCGGCGCCGCUCAAUGAGGAUAACGCGAACGUUCCAUCCCGCUCACACGGGUCCAUGCGGUGUGGUGGAAUAGUUCGUCACAUCACCAUCAGCGGCGACUACAACAACAUGCACUUGAAUACCGGUACCGGACAGCAGAACAUCGCGCACUACGACUAUCGCAAGUACCGAGAUGAAGAAAAUGUUCAAGACUAUCAGGUUGCUGUGAACGGCGGCGGCGAGGAAGGCUACGAUGGUGCGAACGUGGACCGCAACGACCACGAGAAUAGUCAGGAUGAUACCCCAGGAUAUCGUUCGCCAAUAGGCGGCCGAGACGAUCGAGAUAAUUGGCGUGACGAUCGCUACGAUGAGGAGUACGAUGGUCGCAACAAUCGCCAAUAUGAUGAUUACGAUGAGAGGUACAACGAGCGUCGUGGCCGUCGCAACCCGCCUGCACGUGACAGCCGGACUGGCGCGCGCUACGAUGAUGACGACGGAUAUGGGAGUCACGGAAGUUACUAUAGCUAUGGUGAUGAAAGUCCGUACAGUGACUGGUAG